UAUCAUCCUUGAUUGUUUUAAAUCGAUCUGCGUUGCAAACCUCAUAAGAAUCCCCUAAGCUCUUUGUGAAUCAGCUAAGAUAAUAUAACCCCAAAGAGUUAUAUUCAAAUAAAAGAGCUUAGGGGAUCAAUAUCAACACAUAUAAACCAAUGGCCAACCACUUCUUAUUUGUAUUCUUUAUCAUAGUUCUAACCGUCAUUAAUGGAAUCUCAGCAGCUGAUGAUUCUGGAAAGUCUCAACCGCCUUCUCCAUCAAAGACCGUUGCUGACAACAAAGCAAAAGCUGAUAACUCAACAAAGAACUUGAUAAAUAGUCUUGGACCGUCUCAAGAUUAUGCGGAUUACGAAAUCCCCUUAGAACUUGCACCAGACGGUGUCACGGUGGUGGGGGAUUACGUGCCUGCUAGUAACGACGGCGGAAGAGGUGUCACCGAUACGCUUGCACAACCUGAAGAGGAAAAAACAACGCCGCCACCGAGCUCCGCCUCUAGAUCGUCUUCAACAGUUUUGGCUGUUGUUGUUGCGGUUGGAGGAGCCAUCUUAUUUUUCUUUUGAAACGGACAAAAGAUAAAAUUUAUAUGUUGUUCGAUAUAUCAAUCAUAGAGUGUGCAACAUGAGAUGGUUUUUUAUUUGUGUAACGUCAAAUUUGAUUUUGCGUUGAGCCUUUUUUUUUUAAUGUUAUUUCUUUGUGUCAACAGGAAAUUUCAUUAGUAAAAUGUCGAAAUAGCAUAAUUAAUCUCAGUGUCAUAUAUUCAAAAUAAUCAGAGGAAAG